UUCUAAAUUGACGUGUCAGAUAGGCCACUUUUUUCAGUGGUAUUUCACUAAAAACCCGAACUCCUACGACCGUGUGAGCAAGCAUCGUGCAUGGAGUUCCUGAAGAGUGGAAUCAAGACCGUGCUGGGCAGCACGGAGCCUGGACAGCAGCCGAGCGCUGCCGAAACUGUCGAAAAGCUGGUCGACCGCGUCUACUCAUCGACACUGCUAGAGGAUCGUCGGGAUGCGUGCCGGGCACUUAAGGCGUUGUCACGCAAAUAUCGCAUUGAAGUUGGCGCCCAAGGCAUGCCACCACUGGUGCAAGUGCUACAGAAUGACGGGCAGGACGCUGAGAUUAUAAGCUAUGCGCUAGAUACUCUCUGUAACAUUGUGACCAGCGAAGAAUUUGAUGAAGAGGCGGACAAUCCGACAGUGUCCGUGAAUGUGGGUGAGCAGUUUACCGAAAUGUUUAUCAAGACACCGGAGAACGUUAGCCUUGUCAUGGGAUAUCUGGAGGAGUACGAUUUUAGGGUGCGACGCGCAGCCAUUCAAUUAAUUACUUCACUGAUUGCAAAUAAGACGCGAGAACUGCAGGAACUGGUUCUAGUCAGCCCCAUGGGCGUGUCCAAGCUGAUGGAUCUGCUUACCGACAGUCGUGAGGUUAUACGCAACGAUGUGCUGCUGCUCCUCAUCGAACUGACAAAAGGCAACUCGAACAUACAGAAAAUUGUUGCCUUUGAGAAUGCGUUCGAUAGACUAUUUGAUAUUGUCCACGACGAGGGCUGCUCCGAUGGCGGCAUUGUGGUGGAGGACUGUCUGAUUCUAUUGCUGAAUCUGCUCAAAAACAACUCAAGCAAUCAACAAUUUUUUAAGGAAGGCUCAUACAUUCAGCGCCUGGCCCCCAUGUUUGUGCUAGCCAGCGAUGUCGAAGAGACAGGGUGGACACCACAAAAGGUGUCCAACUUCCAUUGCAUGCUGCAGGUGGUGCGUGCCUUGGUCACGCCCAGUAAUCAGCAGCAAGUGGUGACCGCCUGUCAACGCGUUAUGCAAAAAUCGCAGCUACUUCAAGGACUCUGCGAUAUCCUAAUGAGCAGCGGUGUGCCUGCGGAUAUACUUACAGAGACCAUCAAUGCUGUAGCCGAAGUGGUGCGGGGCGAUCACGAGAAUCAGGACGAACUUAGUCAUGUGAUGGCGCCUAGCAGUCCCCCACGUCCCGCUAUUGUUGUCCUGCUCAUGUCAAUGAUCAAUGAGAAGCAACUGCUGGCAUUGCGCAGCGCUGUCCUCUAUUGCUUCGAGUGCUUUCUCUAUCGCAACCCAGAUGGCCAGCGAGCGGUGGUGCAAACACUGCUACCAUCCAGCACUACGGACGUCAGCUCCUUGUCGACGGGUCAGCUUUUGUGCACCGGCCUCUUCUCAUCCGACACCUUGGCCAAUUGGUUCUCAGCUGUGGCGAUCAUGCAUACGCUCGUGGAUAAUGUUGCGCUUAAAGAGGAACUGCUGCGCGUCCUCCUCGCUACUCCCGGUGGCCACAGGCCCAUUACUCUGCUGGAGCAGUGCACCAAUUUGAUGCAGCAGGAGCGCUACCGCCUACAAAGCAAAGUGGGUCUGCUUAUGUUGCUGAGCGUUUGGCUGGCACAUUGUCCGGGCGCGGUUAAGGCACUGCUGGAGACACAGGGCACCAUGGCCUAUCUGACCGCCCAACUGUGUGCCAAUGAACACGAUGAACGGGAAUAUCUGGUGCAGGGCAUGUGCGCCUUUCUCAUGGGUCUCUGCAUACAGUUCAAUGACAACUCGCUGCCCAAUCAGCGUCGCGAGGACAUCAGUCAGCUAAUCAUAAAGCGCAUUGGCCAGGAGACCUUCUGCAACAAACUGAGUGAAGUAUCGCGACACGAGGCCUACAGUCGGGCCUGCAAGCAGGCGCAAAUACGUGCCAAAUCCGCUGGUGAGUUGCUGCUUGAUUACGAAUACUGCAAGCUAUAUAAGGGUCUCGAGGCGCUGAUUGCCAAGCUGGUCAGCGGUUUUGAUGUCGAUGGCAUUGAGUUAACCGAGUUGACGCUCAGUUCGGAGGCAUCAGCGCUGGUGGCCCAAUACAAGGGUAUUAUACGAGGCAUGGAUGCUCAGAUACAGCAACUGCAGCAAUCGGUGAAGGAGCUGGAACAGCAGAAUGGUGAGAUAAAGCAACAGCUAGGCCAGGAACAGGCUCUCAAAUCGCAAGUGUCCGAUCAGAUUACACUGCUUAAGGCUCAACUUUUGGCAGCCACCAGCGGAACCGGCCAGACGCCAGCCCCCGGCACAACCACAAAUAAUGAGGAAGAACUGAACGCGGCACGCUACCAGACCAACAUGUACUUUGCCGAGAAUAUACGCCUCACCAAGGAGCUGGAAACGUUGCGGCAACAGCUCCAAGCUGAAAAGCAACGGGCCGACGACGCCUCACAAGCACUAAAGUCGACGCAAAAGGAUCAGGAGGACCUCCUGGAAUUGUUGGCCGAUCAGGAGGCGAAAAUAGCACGCUACGAGGAACAGUUGCCGACCACAACAAUAGCAACGCCAUCGGCAGGUAGUGAAUCUGAAACGACAACAGCAGCGACCAACCCAAUGCCGCAACCAACUUCUCUUAUUCCCACUAAUCCAAUCGAAGCGGCACCUGAAACAGAAUCGAACAGAUAACUUCCAGAUCAGUAUAUGGUACGGGAAGGUGUUAUAACUCCUUAGCGCUGACUGCCCUAUACAUUCUAAUUGUUUAUUUUAUUUAUGUAUGUGUACCUAUUACUACUACUAAAUAACUGUAAAUCCAUGUAACUCACACCCAAAUGAAUUAAAUAUUAUGUGUAAAACGUCAAAA